AUGGGCGAUGAAUGUAGUGAGGCCGAAUCGAACGGCGGAUUGCCGCACUACAGUGGCGAUGGAUGUAGCAAGGCCGAUUCGAACGGCGGAGGGCCGCACUGCGGUGGCGAUGGACGAAGCGAGGCCGAUUCGAACGGCGGAGUGUCGCACUGCGGUGGCGAUGGGCGUCGGAAGGCCGAUUUGAACGGCGGAGUGCCGCCCUGCGGUGGCGAUGGACGAAGCGAGGCCGAUUCGAACGGCGGAGUGCAGCACUGCGGUGGCGAUGGACGAAGCGAGGCCGAUUUGAACGGCGGAGUGCCGCCCUGCGGUGGUGAUGGACGAAGCGAGGCCGAUUCGAACGGCGGAGUGCCGCUCUGCGGUGGCGAUGGGCGUCGGAAGGCCGAUUUGAACGGCGGAGUGCCCCACUGA